AAUUCAUUCAUUCAAGCCAGCUGUCGAUGAAUGGAUCAUUUUGUUCGAUUGCCCGCAGUUGUCGAACUCGCCAAUGAAAAGAGUGCUUUUACCAUAUGGGGAAUUGAUUAAUACUUAACUAAGAAAGAAAAAAACGAAGCUCUUUUUGUGGGAAUCAAAUAUUGAUGCUGCCACACCCUUUGAGAAAUCAAACACAGUUGAACACUUGUUGUCUCACACUAGAGCUGUUCAGCAAUUUUUACCAUGAGGGAAAUCGUGCAUUUACAGGCCGGUCAAUGUGGAAAUCAAAUUGGUGCAAAGUUCUGGGAAGUGAUUUCUGAUGAACACGGAAUUGACGCCUGUGGAGCGUAUAACGGAGACAGCGACAGCCAACUGGAAAGGGUGAAUGUUUACUACAACGAAGCUACAGGUGGAAAAUAUGUGCCGCGAGCAGUGCUUGUCGAUUUGGAGCCCGGUACAAUGGACUCUGUGAAAGCCGGAGCAUUUGGACAACUUUUUAGACCAGACAACUUCGUUUUUGGUCAAAGUGGAGCGGGUAACAACUGGGCCAAAGGUCAUUACACAGAAGGUGCAGAGCUGGUGGACUCGGUGUUAGACGUUGUUCGCCGCGAAACAGAAGGCUGUGACUGCGUUCAAGGCUUCCAACUGACGCAUUCCCUCGGGGGUGGUACUGGGGCUGGCAUGGGCACUUUGCUCAUUUCGAAAAUUCGGGAGGAAUAUCCCGAUCGAAUUAUGACGUCAUUUAGUGUAGUGCCGUCGCCAAAGGUAUCGGACACUGUCGUGGAACCGUACAAUGCCACCCUGUCUGUUCAUCAGCUGGUCGAGAACACAGAUGAGACAUUCUGUAUUGAUAACGAGGCUCUGUACGAAAUCUGCUUCCGAACGCUCAAGCUAACCACACCCACCUACGGGGAUUUGAAUCAUUUGGUGUCCGCUACAAUGAGUGGGGUGACAACUUGUUUACGCUUUCCUGGACAGCUCAAUGCCGAUCUGAGGAAGUUGGCAGUGAACAUGGUCCCAUUCCCUCGCCUGCAUUUUUUCAUCCCAGGCUUUGCACCACUAACCAGCCGGGACAAUCAGCAAUACCGCGCACUGACUGUGUCCGAGUUAACUCACCAGAUGUUCGACAACAAGAACAUGAUGGCUGCUUGUGAUCCGCGUCAUGGAAGGUACCUCACUGUGGCUGCCAUGUUCCGUGGGAAGAUGUCCAUGAAGGAGGUUGACGAGCAGAUGCUAAAUGUUCAGAACAAGAACAGCACCUACUUUGUGGAAUGGAUUCCAAACAACGUGAAGACUGCUGCAUGCGACAUACCUCCUCGCGGGCUUAAAAUGUCAGCGACCUUCAUUGGUAACAGCACAAGCAUUCAAGAACUGUUCAAAAGAAUCAGCGAGCAGUUUACCGCCAUGUUCAGACGCAAAGCAUUUCUACACUGGUAUACCGGGGAGGGAAUGGAUGAGAUGGAAUUCACUGAGGCUGAGUCUAACAUGAAUGAUCUGGUGUCUGAAUACCAGCAGUACCAAGACGCCACGGUCGAUGAAGAAGAAUUUGAUGACGAAGAAGAAUCAGAAGCUUAAAUAAAUAUUUAUCACGUCUUA